UACAGAUGCCUCAGAGAAGGGUUAAGUGUUGUCAGUGACAGGACGCAGACAAUCAACACCCAGGGUUAAUAUUCAGAGAUUAUUAUUUAUUUAUUUUUUUUUAAAAGGGAGAAAGGUGCGUGCGCAUAGUGAGAGUAAGAGAGAGCUGUAGGGUUGUUGUGCUGUCACAUCUGUGGGUUACAUUUUAAUACGUUUAAAUCCUUCCUAAACCACGUGUGUUCAUGUGUGACAUAUAUAGCCUGGACUCUCACUGCGUGUCUCCACGAUGCAACAUGAGUUGGGCGAUGGAGCCUGCUAACUUCUACGAGAGCACCAAGUUGGGCGUCCCGCAACAGGGGGUCUGCAAGCCGGGCAGCAGGAGCGACGGUGCGGACGAGGACGGCACCAUGGUGGAGCUGAACACCGCCCCUGCCAUGUACGACGACGAGAGUGCCAUCGACUUCAGCCAGUACAUCGAGUCCAUGACAGCCGUGCCAAACCUGGAGCUGUGCAACGACGAGCUCUUCCUCGACCUGUUCAACACCGUGAAGCAGGAGAAGGCGGAUUUCUACAACAUGCAGAGCCCCGUGCUGCCCUGCAGCAUGCAGCAGCUGUCAGCCACAUACGCAGAGAGAAAGGUUGAGAGCGGGCUGGAGAAAGGGGCGUUUAGUGCGCCUAUCAAGCAGGAGUCCGACUGGAGUGACAGCGACGGGUCCUCAUCCCUGCCUUCCCAGAUCGAGAGCUGCGCCCAGACCUCUGUCAGACUCCCUACAGGGCAGCCAACUCCCCCCACCACCCCGGAGCCUGUGUCCAAUGUCAGCUCGGCCAAAUCCUCCCCGCGGAAGAUCGGAAGAGAGAAGGGGAAGAAGGUGGACAAGUACAGCACGGAGUACCGACAGAGGCGAGAGAGGAAUAACGUUGCAGUGAGGAAAAGCAGAGACAAAGCCAAGAGGCGCAACUUAGAUAUGCAGCAGAAGCUGCUUGAACUGAGCUCUGAAAACGACAGGCUUCAUAAAACUAUCGAGCAGCUAACCAGAGAGCUCUCCGGGCUCAGAGAUUUUUUCAAGCAGAUGCCCAACUCUUCCUUUGCGGGCUCCACGAGUGCAGAGAGACGGUGACACUCAUUUUAUGAACUGAGCUUUUAGGAGACAUACCUCAACAGACAUUUCGUUUUUACCAUCUGUACCAGAUGUAUUUUAAGCUUACCAUAAUGGCACUGGAAAAUAUGAUGUUGCUGCCAAUAUUUGUGGGAUUUCUCUCUGUAUUAAAUUAUUUUACCACUGCAUUUACAUGAUGUUAUACCUGAUAUGGUACAUGUUUUUAUAAUUCCAAACUUUGUAUAAGAGCCAGAGCAUGAUCUUUUAUAUAGUUUGUAUGAAACCUUGGAAACAUUUGUUUAUGGAAUCUAUAAUAAAAUUGCUGAAAAAGGUGCAGAAA